CUGACUGUUGGCGGCACACUAAUGUGUUCAGACUAUAUAUAAUAUCUUAUAUUGUGUGUUGUCAGCAAAGUCUGAAAAUAUUCCACUUAACUUAUUAAUACAACUACAAAAUAUUGAAUUUAAUAAAUAGAAGAAAGCGUGUCACCAAGUUUUAUCGUCUUUCUGAGCGUCGCAUCUAUGUUUAUCAGUUCGUGGCAUAAAUAAUAAGACAUAUUUGCUCACACGCAACUGUCUUUGCGGUCUGCGUCGAUUUAGAACACUGAAGCGACCUUCACCUUGAAUUAAAUGAUAGUGCGAGCUAUGAUGAGCAGCAAAGGGCUUGCAAUUACUCAGCAUUUUUAUAAAAGUGUGCUCAGCAGAUCGCGCAGACAGCGUUCUCACAUUUGGCUUCGUCGUUUAUCUGUGGAACCUCCAGCGGCUGUGAAAGGACACGACUCUCACCCCGCCCACUUGCAUUAUAUUGGCAAGCAGCCUUUGGUAUAUCGCAGUGUUGGACAGGAACUUGAACGUGCUGUUGCCGAAUAUGGCACUACGGAAUCCAUUGUUUCAUGUCACGAGCAAAAGCGCUACACAUUCCGAAGUCUCAUUGAGGAUGUGGAUCGUAUUGCAGCCGGCUUAUUGAAGCUCGGUCUGCAGCAAGGUGAUCAUGUGGGAAUUUGGGCUCCCAACAAUAUGCACUGGUAUCUAACUAUGUUCGGAGCAGCACGUGCCGGUUUGGUGUCGGUUGGCAUAAAUCCCGCCUUUCAAGGGCCCGAAGUUGAAUACUGCCUGAAAAAGGUCAAAGUGAAAGCAAUAAUAAUGGCGGAGCGCUUUAAGACACAAAACUAUUAUGAAAUUAUUAAAAGUAUUUGUCCGGAGUUACCAGACAGUGUUAAUGGCUGCAUAAAGAGCGCCAACUUGCCUCAUCUAAAGUAUGUCGUUGUUGACACCCCGAAUAAAUUGAAAGGGGCACUUACUUUUGACGAUUUGCUCGAUUUAAGUAACCCAGCAGAAAGAGUUGAUGUCACAAAACUCCAGCGACAUAUUGUACCAGAUAGCGGAUGUAAUAUACAAUUCACCUCCGGUACCACGGGUCAACCCAAGGCAGCUGUAAUUUCGCAUUACAACUUCGUUAACAACGGCAUACACAUCGGUAAUCGUAAUCAAUUGGACAACAGUUCGCGCAUUUGUGUACAAGUUCCUCUCUUCCAUGCUUAUGGUGUCGUCAUCACCAUUAUGGCCGCCAUGUCACAUGGAAGUGCUUUGGUAUUACCAGCAGCAAGCUUUAAUCCUGCUGCCUCGUUACAUGCCAUUGUAGACGAAAAGUGCACCGUUAUACAUGGUACACCCACGAUGUAUGUUGAUCUCAUUAAGAAGCAAAGGGAGCUAAAUUUACCACUGAAGACAGCAAAAAUGGCCAUAACUGGUGGCGCAGCGUGCUCACCGCAACUAUUUUUGGACAUUAAAAAUGUUUUAGGCUUAGAGCAUGUACGUACGGUUUUCGGUAUGACCGAGACAACGGCAGUUAUAUUUCAGUCCCGCGCUGUUGAUAGCAUGGAACAAAUUUUAAAUACUGUCGGCCAUCUGCAAGAUCACGUCGAAGCGAAGGUGAUUGACGCUCAGGGCAAAACAGUUGCAUUCGGCGAGCGUGGUGAACUGUGCGUACGCGGAUAUGCUACGAUGCUGGGUUACUAUGACGACGAAGAGAAAACUAAAGAGACCAUUGGCAGAGAUAGGUGGCUCAGGACUGGCGAUCAAUUCAUUUUACAAGAAGAUGGUUACGGUCGCAUUGUGGGACGCCUGAAGGAGAUGAUCAUACGCGGAGGAGAGAAUAUAUUUCCGAAGGAAAUCGAAGACUUUCUCAACACUCACCCGGAUAUUUGUGAAACUCACGUGAUUGGUGUACCUUGUGAAAGAAUGGGUGAGGAAUUAUGCGCCUUCGUACGUUUGCAUGAUGGCCACCAGCAGAUAUCGCGUCAAGCCAUUAAAGAAUUUUGUCAGGGAAAACUGGCACACUUUAAAAUACCACGUUAUAUAAUAAACGUUAAAGAUUUCCCAAAGACCACUUCCGGCAAAAUACAGAAGUUCAAACUCGCCGAAAUAUAUAAGAAAGUACAUAAGACACAAUAAUAUUGGCGAGGGAUGUAAAAGUCCACAAUUUCUAGAAAAAAGUAUGCAUUUAUUAUUUGAUAGUUUUCAUAUAGAGUAAUAUAAAUUAAUCGUUUAGUACAAUGUUUAAUAAAUUUUUAAAAUGAAA